UUGCUUUAGCUCUUUAUAUUGAAGGCAAAGAAAAAUAUUCAAUUGUAAACAACUGGAUAAUUAUUUUUACAUAUCUUAUUCUUUCACUAUCUUAUAAUGGAGCAAUUAGAAUAGAAAAUUUAUCAGCGGGAAAAGUGUUUCCUGCUCUCAUUGUUUUAUUAUGGAUUAUACCAAUACUUUCAUUAAUUCAAAUCGUCAUCACUAUUGCUAAACCUACUUUUUUGGAAUUUUGCAAAAUCAUUAAAGCAUUAUUUAUUAUAAACUACUUAAUAGAUUAUACCAUUCUAGAAUCUAAACAUGGACCUAAUCCAUCUUUUGGAGAUGAAAGAUAUGAAAAAUAUCAUUCUAAAAAUCUUUUAGUUGUUUGUAUAGCCGGAAUUUUGAAUUUAGUUUUCGAAAUUAUUAUGUUUUUG